AUGGCUUCAAAGCGCAUUACUAAGGAGUUGAAGGACCUGCAGAAAGACCCUCCCGUCUCCUGCAGUGCUGGCCCUGUUGGUGAAGAUUUGUUUCAUUGGCAAGCUACAAUCAUGGGACCAGCAGACAGUCCUUAUGCUGGUGGUGUAUUCCUAGUGACCAUUCACUUCCCACCAGAUUAUCCAUUUAAGCCGCCAAAGGUUUCCUUCCGAACAAAAGUGUUUCACCCUAACAUAAACAGCAAUGGAAGUAUCUGUCUUGACAUUCUGAAAGAACAGUGGAGCCCGGCUCUUACUGUUUCCAAGGUACUUCUGUCCAUUUGCUCCCUGCUGACAGACCCAAACCCAGAUGAUCCUUUGGUGCCUGAUAUUGCCCACAUGUACAAGACUGACAAAGCCAAGUACGAAAGUACUGCCCGGUCUUGGACCCAGAAAUAUGCAAUGAACUAG